UCGCGCCUGUUGUGGCACGCCUUGCCUGCAGCUCUUGGGUUUUUCAUGGUGUUUGUGAUCCUCGCCUGCCGUGAUUUUCAAUAUGGGAAAGCUAGGUAUUAUAUCGAUGGUAAUAGCUGCCUUAUCUGUGUUUCUCGGAGAGAGGUUUGUCAACUUAAGGAAAAGGACCCUCGCCACUAGAGAGCUGUCCCAGAAUCACCUCCCCAACUGUGUUGCACUUAAAAAUAUGGAUUAUGGGUCAGAGGAUAUAACGAUCCUUCCAAACGGGCUGGCAUUCAUCAGCGCUGGUUUGAAGUACCCCGGAUUGCCGGCUCAUGAUGUUACAGGAAAGAUCUUCUCCCUUGAUCUGCAAGAUCCUCGGAUUAAACCAGUGGAGCUGCGCAUGCCGAGAAACUUUGAUCUGGACUCAUUCAAUCCUCAUGGCAUCAGUGUAUACACUGAUCCAAGUGAUGACACAAUAUACCUGUUUGUCGUGAAUCAUCCUCAACACAAAAGCCAAGUAGAGUUAUUUAAAUUUGUUGAGGAAGAAUUAUCGCUGGCGCAUCUGAAAACCAUAAAACAUGAACUUCUCUACAGUGUUAACGACAUUGUCGCUGUUGGAGUGGAUAGCUUCUAUGCCACCAAUGAUCACUAUUUUUCCCAUGAAAUCCUUAAAGGUUUGGUUGAGCCUAUUCUGGCUCAGCCUUGGGGUAAUGUUGUGUACUACAGUCCUGAGGAAGUAAAAGUGGUCUCUGAGGGAUAUUACUUCACGAAUGGCAUCAAUAUCUCACCAGACAAAGGGCACAUAUAUGUGGUAGAUCUAUUUGAUCACAAUGUGCAUGUGUUGGAGCGGAAAGACGACAAUGCAUUGGUCUCUAUGAAGUCUGUUGCUGUGGGUUCACUCUGUGACAACGUUGAAGUUGACCCUGAAACCGGUGACCUGUGGUUAGGCUGUCAUCCUAAUGGAUGGAAAGCUUUCAUGUUUGACCCCCAGGAUCCACCUGGAUCAGAGGUCAUCCAAAUCCAGAGCAUUCAUUCAGAGAAGCCGGUGGUGACUCAGGUGUAUGCUGACGAUGGUCAUGUGAUCAUGGGCUCCUCUGUAGCAGCUCCCUAUGGGGGAAAGGUGCUCAUAGGCACAGUGUUUCAUAAAGCAUUAUGCUGUGAUUUGAAGUAGGCUGUGACUCUUAAAUAUAUGAUUCUUAGAAAGCAGAAGAAUCUAAAUUUAAUCAAGAAAAGAAAAACACAAUAUGCUUCUUUGCAAAGGACUUGAAUGAUUAUAUACAUGGAUACAAUAGCACUACAACUACUGCUGGGAAAAUGUUUGAUCCUUUUCUACUAAACAGAAUACCCCAUAGGAGCUGGAGGAAGAAAGAUAAAUGCAUUUACCUGAAUUUAUACUAGUGAGCACUGUUACUACAUUAUAUUUGAAAAUGCUUUCAGACACUGAAGUUACUGAACUGCCCAAAUACUUGAAAAACUAUGAUAAAAGUAAUAUUUUUCAGACAUGGAAAAUGUUCAUAUAAUUGUCUUGCACCAUGGUUGCUUGAAAAUGUGAAAUCUUUCAUAUUAAAUGGAUGUAACUAAAUGUAAAACAUAAAUAAAGCCAUAAAGAGUCAUAAUA